AACUAUCCUACCCAUUCUGCUGUGCCAGCAGUCUCAGGGAGGCAGCCAUUUCAUAGAACUUUAGAAUCAUAUGAUUUGAAGGGGUCUGAGACAGAUCUGAUCAUCUGGCACACUCCAGCUGAAUGAUUGCUUAGCCUCUGAGUUUAGAUCUGUGUAUUAUUUACAUCCAUUGGUCUUAGUUUCAGCCCUUUCUUUCGGAGACGUGGAUGUGCAUAGUAACUCAUUUCUUUUAACAUAUAUAGGUUUUUUUCAAUCAAGUGUCUGUAAAUGCUGGUGGCAUUUGGCAAUCUAAGUAAACUGUUAUAGUUCAAGAUCAUUCCAGAGACGAGGAAUGAGUAAAUAUUAACAACCCCCUGUGCUUGGUUGGAACUUGAAAGGACUGUAUAACAUCAGUGAGCAAGCUUUUGUCAAUCACAGUCUAGACCAGGUUAGUCUUAAAGUCCAAAGAAGAACCAAAGUUCACUUUAGUGUAGAAGUUUUUGCAGAGUUCUCUUGGUUAUUGCUUGCAAGUUUAAGGAAAAGAAAAUGAUGAAGGAGACAGAGAAAACCAUUGCUAUUGUGAAGGUUAUAGACACUUCAAAGUUAAAACUGUUAUCUGGAAGUAUUUUGGAUGUGUAUAGUGGUGAACAAGGAAUUUCACCAAUUAACAUGGGGCUUACAAGUGCUUCUUGUCCAAGUAGUCUACCGAUGAAAAGAGAAAUUACAGAAACUGACACUAGAGCUUUAGCAAAAGAGAGACAAAAAAAGGACAACCACAACCUCAUUGAAAGAAGAAGAAGGUAUAAUAUUAAUUACCGAAUCAAGGAGCUUGGCACUCUUAUUCCAAAGUCUAAUGAUCCUGAUAUGCGCUGGAACAAAGGAACCAUUCUAAAAGCAUCAGUGGAGUACAUCAAGUGGCUACAAAAAGAACAACAGAGAGCCCGAGAAUUAGAACACAGACAGAAGAAAUUAGAACAGGCUAACAGGCGACUUCUACUUCGGAUUCAGGAACUAGAAAUUCAGGCUCGUACUCAUGGUCUGCCAACCCUGGCUUCACUUGGCACGGUUGAUUUAGGUGCUCAUGUCACCAAACAGCAGAGCCAUCCUGAGCAGAAUUCAGUAGACUAUUGCCAACAACUGACUGUGUCUCAGGGGCCAACCCCUGAGCUCUGUGAUCAAGCUAUAGCCUUUUCUGAUCCUUUGUCAUACUUCACAGAUUUAUCAUUUAGUGCCGCAUUGAAAGAGGAACAAAGAUUGGAUGGCAUGCUAUUGGAUGACACAAUCUCUCCAUUUGGAACAGAUCCUCUGCUAUCUGCCACUUCCCCUGCAGUUUCCAAAGAGAGCAGUAGGAGAAAUAGCUUUAGCUCAGACGAUGGUGAUGAAUUAUAAGAAAUAAGCAGACCCAAUUCAUCAACUGGAAAGCAGUUCUAUGCUGGUGCUAUGCAAUUAUGCUCUGUGUUUCAUAUGUUGCUUUGGCUUAUUUUUUUCCUAAAGGAAUGUGGUGUUCAUGGAAAACUGAUAGAAGCAACAGAAGAAUUCGCAGGAAGAAAAAUCAUGGUGUUAAUGAAUUAUUGAGGGUGGAAAAAAGGUGUUUUCUUCUUUGACUACAGAGUCCAAAUCCACUUAAAUUCUGUUUUACUGGAAAGAGGUACAGCAUAAGAAAUAGCUCUUUAUUGAUGCUUUAAAAGCAGCAACUUGGUGGUGUACUACUGGAACUAACGACUGCAAAGUGUAAAAUGACUGAAAUAUACAAACCGUCUCUUAGUUAUUCAUUUCCAUCUUCUCUUCAACUUUUACAUCAGUCUUCAAGAAUCAAGAUCAGCAUAUCAGGUGGUCAUUGCCUUUCUCCAUUGUCUAGUAGAUACGUCUAAAGUUCAAACUUUAUAGGAGAAAUAAUGAUAUAAUAGAUUAUCUGUCACUUGCGGUUGAAAAGCAAAUCUACAAUAAAUGUGAGAAUUUUCCAUAAUAAAAUAUGGAUGACUUAUAAAAACA